AUGGGAACUGUAGCUAACUCCUGCGGACCUUCAGAGAAGAUACAAUUGUCACUGGUUGCUUUUCCUCUCAAGGUUAUAGUAAACACUCUUGCUCAGAGAAAUCCUUAUUGGUGGAUCACUUCUGAAAGAUUGUUAGGUCAUUUCAAGUCCCUUAUAGGGAAUAAAGCACAACAAGAAGGUUCCAUAGCUGAGGGUUACAUUGUUGAAGAAGCCCUAACUCUUUUUUCUCGUUAUUUUGAGGAUAUUGAGUCGAGGGUAAAUAGGCCUAAACGUGUAAACAAUGGACCAAAUCUUAAUGAGGCUUCUGAAAUGUCAUUUAUAUUCCCUACACAAGGUAAACCUGUCGGAGGUUCUGAAACAUUCACCAUGACUCAACUUGAGAAGACUCAAGCUCAUCGAUAUGUGUUACUUAAUUGUGCAGCAGUAAAGCCGUUUAUUAGUGAAUUUAGGGAUUACAUAAGAAGGAAUUCAAGAGGCCGGAGACCUUCGGCAAUCGAAGUAGAAAGGAGAGUUAAUAAAGAGUUUCCUGAUUGGUUUCCAAAGCGAAUUAUGAAUCCGGAUUUAGCAAACACAAUCUCGACUGAUUUGGAGUUUCUAGCACAAGGUCCAUGUCCAGAUUCGGGAAGGUUCACUGCUUAUAAUAUUAAUGAAUUCAAAUUUCGGACAUUGUCUAGAGAACAAGGAUCUCAAACUCAAAAUAGUGGAGUUUUUCUUAUGUCUGACACCUCUUGUAUUGCAUCCAACACUGACAGAAGUGCGAGAUUGAUUCACACUGGUGAUCGUGAGGAGCAUGAUCCUUAUAUUGAAGCAUCUCAAGCAAAUAUGGUGUACUAUGUUAAUGAUGAAACUGAUGAAGGGUAUGCCGAAGCCCAAGCGUUACGAGAACUUCCAGAACUCAAUUCAGUCAGCAUAUGCAUCACAAGGUGUAACACAACCUUUAUCAACUGAAUCAACACCUUCGCAUUUUGAUGAUACACCACAAGUUCAACCAAUAACACGACCAACACCUUCAAGUCAUGUUGCAACAAAUCCAAUUCUGUCAGAUCAGACAACAACACAGCAGGUUCCAUCAGUCCGGGCCGCGUCACAACAACCACCAUCUAGAAAGCGUAGUGGACGUGUGUCUUCGCAAUAUUGGACUGUAGAUGCAAUAUAUAUGUUAUUGCCAUUAAAGCCACCACUUUAAAUCUCUCUGCCACCACAAAUUCUCUUUCUUCGUGACUUCUUCCACCUACUAAGAAUCCUCUCUCUAUUUCCUCUAUUGUACACUUUACAGAAAAAUCUCUCUGUUUAUUCUCCAAAAAUAUUUUUUUUGUCA